UCACUGAGGCUUGCUUCAUCGUUACUUGGGGUGUUAUUUCUCGACUUUCUUCUCUACCCGCGCCUGACUGAGAGAUGUCUGGUCGAGGCAAGCAGGGAGGUAAGGCGCGCGCAAAAGCUAAGUCGCGCUCCUCGCGCGCAGGCCUGCAGUUUCCUGUGGGUCGAGUGCAUCGGCUUCUUCGCAAGGGUAACUAUUCUGAGCGCGUGGGUGCGGGCGCGCCUGUGUAUUUAGCUGCGGUGCUGGAGUACCUGACGGCUGAGAUCCUGGAGUUGGCAGGCAACGCUGCGCGCGACAACAAGAAGACUCGCAUUAUACCGCGCCACCUGCAGUUGGCCAUCCGAAACGACGAGGAGCUUAACAAGCUUCUAGGCCGCGUGACCAUCGCUCAGGGCGGCGUCCUGCCCAACAUCCAGGCCGUGCUCCUGCCGAAGAAGACCGAAAGCCACCACAAGGCCAAGGGCAAGUGAGGCCGCGGAGGCGGGCCGGAAACGGCCGUGCGCCCCCUGGGGGCCCCGUGACACCAAAGGCUCUUUUCAGAGCCACCCACAGUUUCAAGAAAAGAGCAGCACUGGCUGAGGGCUGCUUACUAGUGAUGGCGUUCCACAGCUCACCUGCUCAAGGCAGGGCUCGCGGGAAAUCGAACCUGAGGUGUAAUUAAACUGAGGAUCUUGAGAUGAGGGGGUAAUUUUGGAUUGAAGUGGACCCUAAAUUCAACGACAACUAUUCUUAUAAGAGACAGAAGAGGAGAAGGCACAGAGACAUGGGGAGAUGGUCACAUGAUGACAGAGGUAGAGACGGGAGUGAAGUACCACAAGGGAAGGGAUGCCUGGAGUGCCAGAAACUGGAAGAAGCAGGAAGGAUCCUUCCCUCCCUGCUUAUUCCAGAGGGAGCACAGCCUUGCCGACACCCUGACUUCUAGUCUCCAGAACUGGGAGGAAAAAACAUUUCUUGUUUUAGCCUCCCUAACCCCAUCCUAGGUUGCGAUAGUUGGUUACAGAAGCCACAGGAAACUCAUAAACAUCAUUUCAUACCUGAACUACUUUUGUUGACUCCAUACUGAUCUCCCAAUGGCCACACUUGGAAUCCACCACAUCAACAGGCAGGGAAGAAGAAGGAGGAGGAGAAAAAUCAUGUAAUCAUCUCUGCUGGUGCAGAAAAAGUAUAAAAAAUGCAUUUGAUAGCUAACAAUAUGAUUAAUGGUGAAAGACCAAAUGCUUUCCCUCUAAGAUCAGGAACAAGGAAAGGAUGUCUGUCUAACCACUCAUUCAAUGAAGUGUUGGAAGUUCUAACUGGUGCAAUAA